AUGAGCCACCGUGCCGUUGUCCACUUCGUCGUGCCUGUGAAGAACCAGGCGCACUGGGUGCAGCAGUUCAUAUGCGACAUGGAAUGGCUGUCUCAGGUCACUGGGGACCAGCACUUAAAUGUCAUCUUAGUAGACUAUAGCAGCGAGGACAUGGAUGUGGAUGCUGCCCUAAGGUACUCUCGCCUGCACAGCUACCAGUACAGGAAGCUUAGUGGAAAAUUUGAGCGCUCAGCUGGGCUUCAGGCUGGCAUCGACCUGGUGAAGGACCCCCACAGCAUCUUCUUCUUGUGUGACCUGCACAUCCACUUCCCUGCUGGCGUGGUAGAUGCCAUCCACAAGCACUGCGUGGACUGCAAGAUGGCGUUUGCCCCCAUGAUGAUGUGGCUGCACUGA